GAGCUACUCUCCCUUCUCCUCUCGGCAGCCGAGCUGUUCGGACGUGAAAAGUGUUUGUUGCUCGUGCGGUGUACGUAAACGUUUUAGUCGGAACACACUUAUUUUUUUUCCCUUUUUAAGACGUGUUCCUCAAGUGUUAAUUUAUCUUUCUAUCUAUUUUCUUUUGGUAAGACACGUAAAUCAAUCGCGUAUAACUAUGGCUGAUCAGGAGAACAACGACUUCAGCGAAGAUAUCGCUGAUCAGAACUUUGAGCAGAACGGCGAGGCGGAGAAUGGUGGCGGCGGGGACGCCGCUGAAAACAACCAGGAGUCCCAAGAGGACAGGUCGGCCGGAGGUAACCAGGAUUCUCUGAACGAUAGGAAAUUAUUUGUUGGAGGUCUAAGCUGGGAAACAACGGAUAAGGAACUAAGAGAUCAUUUUGGUGCUUAUGGUGAUAUUGAAAGCAUCAAUGUUAAAACAGAUCCAAAUACAGGACGAUCACGCGGUUUUGCGUUUAUUGUUUUUGCAAAAGCUGAAUCGCUAGACAAGAUUAUUUCUGGUGAUCACAUUAUUAAUAAUAAGAAAGUAGAUCCGAAGAAAGCAAAAGCUAGGCAUGGGAAGAUAUUUGUCGGUGGUCUUUCGACGGAACUUGCGGAUGAGGAUAUUAAAAAUUUCUUCUCACAGUUUGGAACUAUCGUAGACGUAGAGAUGCCAUUCGAUAAGACAAAGAACCAGAGGAAAGGUUUCUGCUUCAUUACUUUCGAAUCAGAACAAGUAGUGAAUGAACUUUUGAAGACACCUAAACAGACGAUAAACGGCAAGGAGGUCGACGUAAAGAAAGCCACUCCAAAACCAGACGGAAUGGGCGGAAUGCGCGGCGGUGCUGGAGGUCGAGGUGGUAGAGGUGGUCGAGGAGGAAGAGGUCGUGGAUUUGGCGGCCAAGGAGGUUGGGGUCAAGGUGGUUAUGGUGGCGGAUAUGGCGGUGGAUACGGUCAAGGAGGCUACGGAGGAGGCUACGAUGGUUAUGGAGGAGGCUAUGACUAUUACGGCGGUGGGUACGGCGGCUAUGGUGGCUACGACUACAGUGGAUACGACGGCUAUGGCUAUGGCGGUGGUAGUUACGAUGGUGGCUACAGUGGUGGGCGCGGUGGUGCACGCGGUAAAGGUUUCCCGCCCUACAAAUUUCAUCAUAAAUCGUCAAAUCAUCAUCAUUCCAUUAAUAAACAACCACGUCAUCUACGACAAGAACAACAACGCAGACAACUGCCGCUAAACAAAUUCAGUCAUCAAGAUUCACAAUUAAAACAGUAAAAUAGUUGAUCAUGUUGCGUUUAACAUAUAAAAUAGCAUUGUGGAAGUUAGAGAGAAAACAUUCGCGCGAACGUAUGAAAAGAAAGAAUGAAAAGAAACAAAAGAAAAAUAAUGUAUAUACAUAUACACAUGUAUAUAUUUCUUUAAAUGCGUAUAUGUAUUUACAUAGUUUGCUUCCAUCUCUCGUUUACCCCUUUGUACAAUAUAGUCCAAACUCUUUUAUUAUAUAUUAUAGUUUAAAGACUAUUCUCUCAUUAACUCUCAUUGAUUUAUCUCCAUUUUUUAUUUAUCUUAAAAUUUCUACAAUUAAUUAAUAGCAUUAAUGUCUCAUAUAAAUAUAUUAUAUAUAUAUAUAUUCAGUGUUGUAAGGCGUGUGUGUGUGAGAUCGUAUAUCAUAUUUACGUUUAAAAAAAAGAAAAAAAAACGAAGAAGAAGAACAAAGUAUUUGCAUUUUUUGGAUAUGGCCAAUGAAGUUAUAAACAAAUGGGCACAAUAAUAACAAACGUAGUUUUCAAUGAUUAUAUUAAACGCGACCACAAAGGAUAACCACAAUAACACCCACGCCUUUUUUACCCCCACAAAAGAUAUUUAAAUAUUUUGUGGUGUUUAUUAAAUACAUGAUUCUUAUUUUUUUUUUUUUCUUUUUUUUUUUCUUUUUUCUCCUCCUUGUGCAAAUGGGAAAGCAAUAGAUGAAAGAUAAUAUUAAUAUUAAUAAUAAUAAUAAUAAUAAUUUAAAAUACGAAAUAGUGUAGAGAAUAAAUAAAAAUACGAGUUCUCUCGUUCGUAUAACUCGGUGAACAGAGCUGAGUAAAAGAGAAAAACACAACCAACUUUGUCCACAUUUUUAACGAUAUAAGAUUAUUUUAAUUUUGUCUAUAAUUAAAGUUAAUUAAUGGGAGGGGAGGGGGGAGAUGAAACCUACCGUAGAAGAGUAAGCAGAGGCAAUGUACUUUUUACACAUGAAUGUUUCAACAACAAAAGAGAGAGAAAGAAAAACGUAAUAGGUGCCCAACUGUUUAUAGUGAUUAUAAUGAGAGAGAGAGAGAGAGAGAGAGAGAGAGAGAGAGUGAGAGUGAGAUGAGGUAAAAAGAUUAUUGCUUCCUUAUUGGUAAGAAUAAUAGGAUAAAAUAAAUUCAUUUUGUGUACAUAAUAUACCUUGCAUACGGUUGUGUGUGUAUUUGUAUUGACCAGGUCCUAUAUAAUUAUUUUUUACUUUAAAAAAAAAAAAAGAGCUAAACAAACAGUAUGUACACAAGAUUUCUUUAAUGCGUCGAAUCUAAACUAUAAUAUUAGAUUUACAUAUAAGACUGAGGAGGAAGGUUUAUCGAUCUUAUUAUAGAAAGGAAAAAGUAUAUAUAGAAAAGUAAAAGAAAAAAAGAAAAAAAAACAAGUAUUUUGCUGAUUCUAUUACAGCUAAUUAUGUCUUCGGUGAGAUGAUUCUUCGCUCUAAUAUGAAAGGAACGACUCUGCAUAGGUAUUCUUAAUAUUUAUAUAUUUGACACAAUUUUCUUUGUAGAUAUAUAAAAAAAAAGUAAGUCGUAUUAAUGUAUUUCAAGUACAAGUCUCUCCAUUGUAUUUUUCUUUUUCUCUAAUCUACAAAUCUGUGCUCAAGUCGUGCGUUGUAAUAUUUCCUUGAAAAAAAAAGAAAAGAAUAAACAAAGAAAGAAAGAGAAGAUGCACUAAUAAUGUCUUGAAGUAAAGCUUUCAGUAUUUUGUUUGAUAUAGAUUAAAAACAACAACAAAAAUAAUAAUAAUAAUAAUAAUAAUAAUAAUAAUAAUAAUAAGCUGUUAAAUAGCGCGAUUGUGACUUACCUAUUCUGUUAAGAUGUUUUUUCGUAGAUAGGAUCACUUUUAUAAAUUGAGUAAAUAAACUCUUAUAUCAUAUUAAUUAAAAAAGAUUUAAAAAAAAAAAAAA